UCCUCCUCGGGGGCCGGGCCGGGCUACCGUGGUUGCGAGAACGGGGCCCUGAUGGACAGCUUCGGCAUCUUCCUGCAGGGGCUCCUUGGCGUCGUGGCCUUCAGUCUCCUCAUGCUGAAACGCUUCAGAGAGCCAAAGCAUGAAAGACGGCCUUGGAGGAUAUGGUUCUUGGAUACUUCCAAACAAGCCAUAGGAAUGUUGUUCAUCCACUUUGCCAAUGUUUAUCUAUCAGACCUUACUGAAGAAGACCCUUGUUCACUGUACCUUAUCAACUUUCUACUGGAUGCCACCUUAGGAAUGUUGCUAAUUUAUGCUGGUGUGCGAGCAGUAAGCAGCAUUGUUGAAUGGCAGCAGUGGGAGUCUCUUCGCUUUGGUGAAUAUGGUGACCCACUGCAGUGCACUGCUUGGGUAGGCCAGUGUGCAUUGUACAUAGUGAUCAUGAUGUUUGAGAAAACUAUCAUCAUUAUAGUUCUCCUAAUACCUCAGUGGAAAGAGGUAGCUUUACUGAAUCCUAUAGAGAAUCCUCAGCUGGAGCUGGCUAUUGUCAUGCUGAUAGUCCCUUUCUUUGUAAAUGCUUUAAUGUUCUGGGUAGUCGAUAACUUCCUUAUGAAGAAGGGGAAGACAAAAGCCAAACUUGAAGAGAAAGAAUCAGGGCAAGAUUCAAGGAAUGGAAGCAAAGUUCGCUACAGAAGAGCAGCGUCACAUGAAGAAUCAGAGUCAGAGAUCUUGAUUUCAGCUGAUGAUGAAAUGGAAGAAUCAGAUGUUGAAGAAGAUCUUCGGAGAUUAACGAAUCUAAAGUCUGUUAAGAAAAAGAAGCAUCGAUUUGGUCUGCCUGUAUGACAAAAUCUGUAGCCUGUAUGUCUGCAGGUUUGUGACCAAACUCUCCAUGGUCAGUGGUUUUCACCUGGCAACAGUAAUGCCUACCGCAAAGAAACUGUGACUCAGAUAAAUGGAACACUUACCAUUGGAAAAGCUACCUGUUCAGUUGCACUAUUGAAACACUGACCAAAUAUGCAAGAGUAUCUUCUCAUCAUGUCUGGAAAAAGUCUUGUCACCAAGGUGAUGAGGAUGUGAUUCUUUAGAAGACAGAUCAUAGGACAUUGUCAUUUCAGCUAUGGUUCUUGAACAGUAUACUGAAACAGACAUCGGGAUUAACAGCAUUUCAGUCAAUAUGUUGUACUACUAAAAACUGGCUUUUGCAGCAUAUUCCUAGAACAGAAUAGUUUAAAGGUUACAAAUUGUAACUUCAUAUUCUUAUAUCAGUUAAUUAUGUAAGGGUACCUAUGGGACUCAUAGGUUGAACAAAGCUUUUUCUUUUCCCUUCCAAAUCUCCCAUAACCUGUUUUGAAGUUUUAUAUUUAAGUUUUAUUUUCAUACUGGGAUAUUUAUGGAUUCUCUUUGUCAUAGAAAAUGAUGCAGUUACUUUUUGUAAAUGGUAAAAAGGUCAAACUUCAGCAAAGUUGUUUUUAUUGUGUCACAUGUAAUAGGGCAGUAUGCUGACAAAGAGAAAUGACAGUCAAGUGGCUGUUAGAGCUAUAGCACCUUGCAUCAGAGUGGUGCACCAACCUGUCUUGAACCACACAGAGUUGAGCAGCAGGACUGCUUGGUAGAUUACACCUCUAGUCCCUUAUGAAGACAUGAGUACUGUUCCAUAUUUGUGUGGUUAUGUGCACUUUACCAUAAAUGCAACAAAUAUUUGCAGUGGUUUCUUCUGUAUGUCAGCCAGACACUGGAGAGACCAUGGUGGCUUCUUAAGUACUUAUGCUUUUAUUUAUACGAUCAACAGAUCAGAUGUAAGUAAUUAUAGGUCAUCUUAUCUCACAUCUCAGUUACUCCAAAGAAGAAGCAACAUUUCUUUAAAAAGCCAAACUGUUUUCUUCAAAAUAUUAGAGAUCCAUCACAUGACUGAGGACUCUGAGUGCUGUUGUAACAGGCAUUGUAACUCUGUCUUUCCUAACAGAAUCUUUGUGAGUACUCAGUAUGAUUCAAUUAACUCUCAUGAAAUUGCACUAAUCACUGUUGCUUAUUCUUCAGUUUAUUUUUGCAGUCCAGCAUUCCCAUUUCAGCUGGAAUAGAGCAGAGGUUUAGCAGGACAAUUAAAUGCAUCCAGUAAAUGUGUAAGGUACCUGCAGAUUUUGCUGCUGUCCUGUGAUUAAUGAAAAGAUGUCUGUGUCAGUAGAAUACUUGUAUAUGUAAUUUCAGCGACCAUCCUCCUGUAAACUUUCUGAUACCACAAAACAGUGAUUUCAGGAAAAAAAAUGCAUACCUAUAACCUACAGUAUCUGAAUAUCAGACUGUAUUUCAAGCCUUAAAACACAUUCACUAACAAGAGCUGAGAACUUUUUGAAGAUAUUUUUUUACAGUUUUUAUAUGUGUAGUCUGCCUUAAAUGUGGUAAGCUACACAAGUUGUUGGUUUUGGGGUGGGAGAACAUUGGAUAUUGGAGACAAGGUGCACGGCUCUAUUCCCCACUCCUCUCCAUUUUAGUAACCACAGUUCUGAGGCAAGUAGGAUCAAUCUCGCUGUCCAUAAAAGCAGAGCCAGCUCCAACAUUAAGCACAAUGGAGUAUCUGAUCAGGUACAAGCAAUAGAUAUAGAGGUGUGGAUAAAAACAAGUCGCAAUGUGUUGGGUGCUAGAACUGUGUACUGUAUACCAUAGGAACUUCUCUCCAUUUCCCCAAGGCACAUUCCUGUCUCCAGGUAUGGUGAAGGACAUGGCCCUGUGUCCAGCACUGAAGUAGCUGCUGGUCUGGUAGCCUUCUCUGUUUGGAAUGGGAGGGAAAGCCAUCUUGUUCUUCAUAGCAGUCAGCAAAAUAUCUUGGACUGACCCUCUGUGAGAGGCAUUUUACUGGACCAUACAUUUCAAGCUACAUAUAGGGACAGCACUGUCUUGCACUGCAACAUAUUUGCAAUACAUUGUUACUUGUUGGCGAUCAGGUUUAAAACAAAGGGAAGCCAAUUUUUAUCUAACUGUAAAACUCAAUGAAACCUCUAUUGUGAGGUAGGGAAAUGUCCUUGAUUAAUGUUGCCUCCUAACUUAUUUGUUUUUAUACUUCAAUUGUGUAUUUCUAAUUCUAUGAAUUACUGUUCUGUCAAGCAUUGUAUUCCAAGGCAGAUUUUUGUCACAUCCAUGUGAGAUUCUUAGUGUUCAGGAUGGCAGAUAACAGUUUGCCAACUCAUGCAGAUACAGAUCUCAUUGUAGUGGUGUAGGAGGACUAAGAACUGGGAAACGGAAUUUUCUUAAAGGUAUUGAAAUAAUUGAAGACAAAUGCCUACUAUAUACCACUUACCUUUUCAUUCUAAACAUCUGACUUAAUUGAAAACUUAACUUUAUUCAUUUCCUCCUGUGGCUUAAAUUAAGGGAGUUGUCUGUUUCAAGCAGUGUUUGGAUGGGGGAGUCUUAAAAACACGUAAACCAAAAGCCUUAAUUGCAUUUAAAUAGUCCAGUUUUAAAUAGAACUUAAAUAAAUUGUUUUUAUUGAUUAGUACUAGAUACCAUACAGCAGCUUAACACAUAAAUGUGGAGAGAGGAGAAUACUAAUCUUUGGUCUUUUUCCCUAAAUUGCAAGAAUGUGCAUUUCACAUGCAUUGUAACAGCCUGACAAAGUCAAGCGCGACUGGUCACAGGCACAAUUUAAAAUGUUCAGCACUCAUUAAUUGCAUAUAGACCAUAUUAAAGAAUUGUUUAGCAUUAUUGUGGUUGGUGACAACAAAGACAGUCUAACCUAAUGUUCCGUUUUCAGCAGCAGUCAGCCUCAGUAUAUUAGGCAGAGCAUAUAUUGAUGUCUUAUAGGACAUCUGUCUUACCAUGACUUACUACUGAGAGGUGUCAUACUGCUGUCUACCCACCCAUGUAUCUUAUCUGCUGUGUGUUAAAUCAAAUGUUAGUUUAGCUGGUACCCAUGCAGCUGAAGAUCCUUUUCCUCUAUCACUCUGUAUCACUCCCAAAACAUGGUUCUGAGGGUCCCUAAUCUCCCAGAGUGAUUUGGAGAACUGAGAAAAAAGGGUUGACCUGCCAGCAAUGUCUGCUGGUGGAAGGAUUUAAUUCUGUGUGAAGAUCUUGAAGGGUGAGUUGAAUGUAGUUUUUAAUCAAUUCUUCUAUAAACUAUUUGGUUUAUUUAAUUGUACUUUGUCCCUUUGCAGAAACUUAAAAGGGAAAUUCAGUGUAGGUAAAAUUAAAUAGUUUAUACUUGUUUAUUUGUGAUGGGUUUUCCCCCCAAACACCUGUUGCUUCAUUUUGUCUUGCUGUUACAUGGAUUUGGAUGUAUCGGUUUAUACUUAGUGAGCUGUGAAAGUCUCAACAUGCCAGAGAAAGUAGGCAAGGUGAAAACUAUUCAAGAGUUGUGCUCACUUUGCUGCUCCAGCUGCUAGGUAAGUAAAAAUCUAAUCCCAAGGAAGUGGAGGUUUUUCCCCAUUUGUGCUAUUUGUUACUCGGAUGUGACUGUGAUUCAGUUCUUUCUGCAAUUAAAGUCAUGUAGCACAAGGCUGAAUUUUGACAGACUUGUAGCUUCCCCCUGUCAAAUGAAAUUGGGAUUUACAUCAUUGACUGUUUUUGCUAACAGGAGUCCAACACAAAUCUUAUUUAUGAUUCUUUUGUAGUCUUCAUUUUCUGACUUGAAUAAAUUUACAUCCCCCCCCCGACUUUGGUGAAAUGCUAUAUACUAAUGUUGCUGACCAGAUGUGUUAUCAGCUUCUCUUCAGGGAAAAGACCUCAUACUCGUUGAAUUGUGAAUCAAACAAGAACAAAGUGCAUUCUGUAGGCUUUCCCUCUGAGCAUAUGCUUGGGUUUUGAACUAUGCCUUGCUAGAAGGGAAGUGUGUGGUGGGGGAUACUUCACCUUUAAAAUGUCUCAUUUGAAAGCUGAAAUCUGUGGCCCACAUGCAUGGCUGUUUGCAGGUCUGCAGCUUCUGUUAAAAAAUUGUUGUGGUGGUGAUAAUCAGCACAUACUGGCCCAGUUAAUAUCAGAUUGUAGGAGACUUGCAAGACAUGGAAACUUCUAAAGAUUCCAGUUAAAUUAUUGGAAAUUAUUAUAGCUUUCAAAAUAAAACUGCAGUAUCUUUCUUCUUUUACUUUCUUUUUUUUAAAGGGAUACUCUUCACAUUUCCCUUCCAUUAAUAGAAAGACCCUCAUAAGGGGAAACUGGAAUCCAGCAGAGGCUUCCCACUGUCUAAAGGAACCGAGGUGUGUUUUCACUACUUCUGCCUUCCCUCAGCACCACCUCUCACAUUGUUGAUGAGGGUGACCUGCCCUUUUGGAGCAGACUUUUAGACAGUACAGUUCUUUGGAAUGGAGGAAUUGGUGAAAUUGCCAUCUCACAUUAAAACCAGUGUGAAAAGCACUCUUCUGAGCAGAAGUCUGGAUCCAUCACUUUGCAUUCAGGGUUGUGUGAGCUUUGGGAGUUCAAAAUCAAGAUUAAAAUUGUGAACCAUGAUGUCCUCCAGAUCAUGUUUGACAGAUGGUGUUUCAUUAAAAUAAAAAAGUUAUGUAUUGUACUUAAAUAAUGGUUUACAAUAAAGUUUUGACAAUA